CAGUACCCGUAUAUCAAGCGCAUACUUUUUACGUCAUGAGCCCUGGCUACACUUCAGGAGAACACAUUUUCACCGCCAUGUUCAAGAUAAGGCAGUUGAUUGCUGCACCUGGUACCUUAAGCUUGCUUGCUGUGCAGGUUUAUGCUGAUUCUGCUGAGAAUAAAUCUUCCAAAAAGAACCUACUAAAGGUUGAUGAGCUUUCACUCUAUACCAGUCCAUCACCAAAAUCAAAGUAUGUGGAAGAUCCAGAGUCACAACUGGAAGAAACUAUUUCUCAUCUGCGGCAUUCUUUGGAGCCAUACGCAGCUUGGGUUCAGGACUGUACUGGUAAAGUUAUGCCUAAGAUAGAAAAGGCCUGUGAAUAUGUUAAAGAGAAUUAUGAAAUCAUCAAAGCUCCACCUCCAGGAUUUUAUCCAAGGCUUGGUGUUAUAGGUUUUGCUGGUAUUGUUGGAUUGUUCUUGGCAAGAGGUUCCAAAAUUAAAAGAUUGGUGUACCCGAUAAGCUUCAUGGGGAUUGGUACUGCUCUCUACUAUCCACAGCAAACAGUUGCUGUUGCCAAGGUAACUGGCCUCCGCCUAUAUGACUGGAGUCUACGAGCAUAUAUAAGCCUAGAAUCUCUUUGGAAAGAUAGUUCAAAAAAGAAAAGGUCUGCAAAAGCAAGUAACAAGUCCGAUGCAGAAAAUGAAAAAGAAUUGAAAGUACAAGAAGAAAGAGCCAUAAAAUAAAAUACUCCAUUACUACUUGUUGAACAGAAUCUAUGAAGAUUGAACAUGGUUUGCCACUGUCUUUGCUUUGGAAAAGUUGACUUGAAAACUGACUGAAUAAGAAGUACUAUGGUUGUAUUCUGCCAGCUUUGGACUUACGGUCAAAGUUCUGCAUGAUUAUCUUAGGAUCCUUCAAGGGUCUCUCUCUGAAUUCCUGAGCAAUACUUGCAAAGAAAUACAUUUAAUUAAAUGUAAUGAUAUGUAAUGCUAAAUACAUGUUUAAGAUUAGGCUGCAAAUUAAAUCUCAAAACUUCUUAGACCCUUGUUACUGUUCAUAGGCUUAAUUAAAAUGAAUAUUGAAAAACAUUGAUCUCUUUGUUUUUCUUCUAUUAAUUAAAUUGUGCUAUCUUACUAGCAUUUGCAUAGAAAAUUAAGAAGAGAAAAUGAAUAAUAUUUUUGGUAAGUAACAAAACUAACUUGUCAAAGGGGGUAGGGGGGAAAAAUCAGAAAUGCAGUAGGUGUUGUCUGAAUUUUCCCUUUCCUCUGCAAAUUAAAUUCUUCUGGAUAACAGAAAUCAAUGGGAAAUAUAUAAUGGAGCAUCUGUGAGCUUGCUUCUGUAGACUGAUGGGAACAAAACUCUCCUUUAAGCAUUUUUUUCUUGCUUGAAUGCACAGUUGAGUAUGGAUGGGAACUAAUUAUAGCAUAAUUAAUGAUUUAUUCUUGGGCAUCCAUAAAGAAAAAUUAUGCAGUAUAAAAAUCCAAACAUCCAACCCUAGAUUGGGGAUGACAGAUAGAAUUUAAAUUGUUUACAGCUAUUUGCAUGAAAUGUCUCUGAUGGGGGAAAAAAGGUUAACACAAUAAUAAAAUACGUUUUCAAUUUCAGUGUCAAAUAUAAACAUUUACAAAUGAAACAAGCAGACAAAAUAAGCACUGAGAAUUUACAUAUGUUAAGGAUAUUAAACACAUUUUCCUUUAAACACUUUAAGACAUUUAAUUUUCAAAACGUACAAUAUCUUUGACAAUUAUGUGAAAUUUCUUUUAUAAUUCAUCAAGAGGUUAUAAAGGAAAUGCGGUCUUGUAUGAAUGUAAUUCUGUAUUAAACUGGUUGGGGUGAUUAUUGGUACUUAAUUUUCUUUGUGUCUUCAUAAUUUUCAGCAUGUAUGCAUGUAUACAGAGGGAAAGAUAAAUCAUAAUGGAUCUAAUGUGUAUGAUGAUUAUAAAAGAGCC